AUGGAAGCCGAGAAACAAAUACAUUCGGCUUUAGGUAGCUUGGUGAGUAUUAAGACUCUUGACAUCUGCAUUGAAUACGGAGAGAAAAUCGAGACAUAUGCGGUUGCGAUGACAAAUUUUAGUGAAAGCAAAAUUGCAAAAUCUUUUAUGACUCUACAGUUUAACGCAAUUGAAGAUUCUGGCGGUUGA